GACUGGUGCAGGGGCGGGCGCGGAGCAGAGCGAGCUGCGGCCGUGGCAGCUGCACGGCUCCCGGCCCCGGAGCAUGCGCGAGAGCCGCCCCGGAGCCCCCCGGAGCCCCCUGCCGCCCCUCCUGCGGCGCCCCGCGCCCAGCCGCCAGCGCACCCCCGGACGCUAUGGCCCACCCCUCCGGCUGGCCCCGCGAGUAGGAUGGUAGCACACAACCAGGUGGCAGCCGACAAUGCAAUCUCCACGGCAGCAGAGCCACGACGGCGGCCCGAGCCUUCCUCCUCCUCCGCGCCCGCGGCCCUGGUGCGCCCGCGGCCCUGCCCCGCGGUCCCGGCUCCAGCCCCGGGCGACACACACUUCCGCACGUUCCGCUCCCAUGCUGAGUACCGGCGCAUCACCCACACCAGCGCGCUCCUGGACGCCUGCGGCUUCUACUGGGGGCCCCUGAGCGUGCACGGGGCGCACGAGCGGCUUCGCGCGGAGCCCGUUGGCACCUUCUUGGUGCGGGACAGUCGCCAGCGGAACUGCUUCUUCGCCCUCAGCGUGAAGAUGUCCUCGGGCCCCACGAGCAUACGCGUGCACUUUCAGGCUGGCCGCUUUCACCUGGACGGCAGCCGCGAAAGCUUCGACUGCCUCUUCGAGCUGCUCGAGCACUACGUGGCGGCGCCGCGCCGCAUGCUGGGGGCCCCGCUGCGCCAGCGCCGUGUGCGGCCGCUGCAGGAGCUGUGCCGCCAGCGCAUCGUGGCCACUGUGGGCCGCGAGAACCUGGGGCGCAUUCCCCUCAACCCUGUCCUCCGAGACUACUUGAGCUCUUUUCCCUUCCAGAUCUGACUGGCCGCGCAGGAAGCAUUAACUGGGGCGCCUUAUUAUUUUUUAUUAUUAAUUAUUAUUUCCUUGAAACCACGUGGGUGCCCUCCCCGCCUGGGUUGGAGGGAGCCAGUGUGGAGGGCGAGGUUCCUCCCCCUCUUGGCUGGAGACGAGGCUACAGACCCCUACCCAACUCUUGGGGGCGUGCUCCCCUCCUGGUGCUCCCUCUGGGUCCCCCUGGUUUUAAGAGCAGCUUAAUUUAACUGUAUCUGGGGCCAGGACCUGAACUUGUACCUCCUACCUCUUCAUGUUUACAUAUACCCAGUAACUUUGCACAAACCAGGGGUUGGGGGAGGGUCUCUGGCUUUAUUUUUCUGCUGUGCAGAAUCCUAUUUUAUAUUUUUUACAACCAGUUUAGGUAAUAAACUUUAUUAUGAAAGUUUUUUUUUU